AUGAGUUUCUUCGGUAGGUCAUCCGGCGGCGGGCCGCCGUCAGGACCGCCUGGUGGUAGUAAUUACUCGCGUCUGCCUCCAAAUCCUUCAUACAACGUGCCUCCCUCAAGCACUCGCUCUGGUCAGCGUGUUCCGCCGCCCCGUGCAGAAGACCUCUAUGAGAAGCGUUCUUACGAUCAACGAGCACCUUCUCCUAGCGGCUACGGAAAUCGAGAUGCCAUCGUUCAAUGUCCAAGCGAUGCUCUUGCAUUGACAAACAAACUUAUUCUGCACCCUCAGGCUGGGUUUCGUGACGGUGAUCAUGUCAUCGUCAAAGAUGCAUUUCCGGCAACAGUCAAGCUUGACAACACAGGAAAAUUGCACCCUCAUGAAGUUGGUGCUUCAAGUAUGCACCGUCAGUGGAUGGGCUUGAGUCUGUCGGGAGACCAAGUCCCCAUUCAGCCAUUGCCACCAGCCAUGUCUCGUGCCUACCUUCAAUCAUUAGAUUUAGACGUGGGAUUUCUCAAACCACGACACGAAAUUGCAGAGCAGUUCUCGACAGAUGAAAUGGCUCACACUUUUGUAAAAGCUUUCAAUGGCCUUAUUUUGGGGUUGGGAGAGUCCAUCGUGUUUGACUUCCACGGCCAAAAUCUCAAAGCCGUCGUUAAAGGAUUGAGCGGUGUCGAAAUGGGCGCUGGGGCUCCAGUGAAAGGAUUAGGUAUCCUAUUUGACAAGACAGAUAUCAAUAUCAUGAAGGCUGGUGAUUCAUUGAUCAAGCUCAAAGGAUCCUCUAAGAAAGCUGCACCCAAUGCCAUUCUUGCGCCGAACUUCAAAUUCGAGGACAUGGGUAUUGGUGGUCUUGACCAAGAGUUCAGCAAUAUAUUCCGUCGAGCAUUUGCCUCUCGUGUCUUCCCUCCUGGGCUCGUCGAAAAGCUUGGGAUUCAUCACGUUAAGGGUAUUUUACUGUAUGGGCCACCUGGAACGGGCAAGACUUUGAUGGCCAGACAGAUCGGGAAAAUGCUAAAUGCUCGAGAGCCGAAGAUUGUCAAUGGCCCCGAAAUCCUUAACAAGUUUGUUGGUCAGUCUGAGGAGAACAUCCGGAAGCUCUUUGCUGAAGCCGAGACCGAAUACAAAGCGAAGGGGGAUGAGAGCGGCUUGCAUAUUAUAAUCUUCGAUGAACUGGAUGCAAUUUGCAAACAGAGAGGAUCAACAAGCGGAAAUACUGGUGUUGGCGAUAGCGUCGUCAACCAGCUGUUGUCGAAGAUGGAUGGUGUCGAUCAACUCAACAACGUUCUCAUAAUUGGUAUGACAAACCGUCUUGACAUGAUCGAUGAGGCUUUAUUACGUCCCGGUCGCCUGGAGGUUCAUAUGGAGAUCUCACUACCCGAUGAACACGGGAGACUACAGAUUUUAAACAUUCACACGGCAAAGAUGAGGACGAAUCGUGUUAUGGACACCGAUGUCAGUCUAGAAGAACUGGCCGGUCUAACUAAGAACUUCUCUGGUGCGGAGAUUAGUGGCUUGAUAAAGAGCGCAACCAGUUUCGCAUUCAAUCGACACGUAAAGGUAGGAACUAUGGCAGGCAUUUCAGAUGAUGUGGAAAAUCUGCGGGUUAAUCGGGAUGACUUUCUAAGGGCUCUUGAUGAAGUACAUCCUGCAUUUGGUGUGGCAGAGGAGGAACUGCAGCAGGUCAUCCAAAACGGCAUCAUUCAUUUCCACCCUGUGGUCGAUGAACUUCUGCGGGACGGACAACUGUUCGUGGAGCAGGUGCGGACGUCCACAAGAACGCCACUUGUCAGUGUGCUUCUUCACGGACCUCCUGGUUCCGGGAAGACUGCAAUGGCUGCAACUAUUGCACAGGCAUCACAAUUCCCUUUCAUCAAGCUCGUGUCCCCGGAGUCCAUGAUCGGCAUGUCACCCACUCAGAAGAUAUCUGCAAUAAACAAGGUGUUUACGGAUAGCUACAAGAGCCCAUUGAGCGUGAUAGUCAUCGACAAUAUCGAGCGUCUUCUUGAGUGGGUUCCCAUUGGCCCGAAUUUCUCAAAUGCUGUUCUCCAGGCGUUGCUCGUUUUACUUGCUCGCCGGCCACCCAAGGGUCGACGUCUAUUAAUAAUCGCAACCACUUCAAUCAAGCCUAUGCUGGUCGAAACGCAGCUUUCAGAAGUGUUCGAUGCAGACCUGCGUGUGCCACCUAUUUCUUCUCUCGAAUCACUAGACAUCGUUCUUCGAGAAGUCGAGCUGUUUGCAACAGACGAGGAACGCAGACGGGCCGUUGCUCAAAUCGAAGAAGCCGGCUUUGGGAAGGAUAUGGCAGGCUACGGCGGCACACGUAUGGAAAUUGGUAUCAAAAAGCUAUUAAGUUUCAUCGAGAUGGCUCGACAAGAGCCAGAGUUUGUUGCUGAGAGGCUAACAUCUGCGCUAAUGGGCCUAAAAAUGUGA